AUGCUGUUCAAGUAUGGCUUCAACGACCGAGAACUCGAUCAUCCAGCGGGCAGGGUUCUUGGUGGUUCCUCGGCCAUCAAUGGAAUGGCUUAUACUCCCCCGUCGCCGGCCGGAAUCGAUGCUUGGGCGCAACUGGGAAACCCGAGAUGGAACUGGCAGUCUUUACGACCUUAUCUUCGCAAGUCCCAUACUCUGAAUCUGCCACAGUCGGAUAGUUCCACAGGCGAGAGAGAAAACUAUUCUUCUCACGGGCCAAUUGAAGUUGUAUUUCCUGCCUUGAACGACGAGAAAAGCUUUCCCCUUGCAAACGCAUGGAAAGAAGCAUUCCGAGCCCAGGGAUACGAGCAUAGCAUCGACGCUUUUCCAGAGAACAGGACAAUUGGCACUCGAGAUUAUAUGGCUACCAUAAACCCAGUUUCAGGACAUCACAGCAGUGGAGACAGCGAGUAUGGCAGACUGGCAGCCCAACGCGCCAACGUGAUUAUAAUCACUAGUGCGACAGUCCAUCGCAUUAUCUUUUCCUCCAGCUCAGAUACUCUUGUCGCAACUGGGGCGGAGUUUGAACGUUAUGGUGCGACCAUGAAGAUCCAGGCAACCAAGGAAGUUAUCCUAGCGGCAGGUGCCUUCAAUACGCCGAAGCUAUUAGAGCUGUCAGGGAUCGGCGGCGCAGACAGACUAGAUCACCUCGGUAUUAAACCAUUAAUUGAUCAACCCGCGGUGGGCGAGAACCUUCAGAACCAUCUGACGAGCAUGGUCACAGUACCCCUCAAGACUCACCCUGAUAUUGAUGGAAUAUCACCCGGAGUCAAAGGUGUGGCAUUUGCACGUCUUGACCCUGAAGAGCAAACGAACCUCUUCUGGGGAGGUCCCAAGCCCACGAGUCCAUCCGACUGGGUCAUUCGGUCACUCUUGCACAGCCGUGAUGAGGCAUCAGCGGUCUUUCUUAUGGCGGUAAUACCGGGGAACAUGGUUAUUCUGGGCGUUAUCGCGAGUUUCCCAUUUUCACGAGGGCAUUGUCACAUCAAAUCGGCGGACCCAAAUGAUAUGUCCACCAUUGACGGACAGUAUUUCAGUCAUGAUCUGGAUAUAGAGAUCCUGGCUCGUCAUGUGCAGACCUUGCACCAUUUGACGAAAGAUCCAGCUCUGCAGGAAUUCCUUCAGCCCAGUACAGCCUUGACGGAUCUAGAAACGAUAAAGACACAACUGCGAGAGGAAACCGCAUCGUCUUGCCACCAUGGAUGCGGCACUGCCGCGAUGCUCCCCCAGGAAGCAGGGGGAGUAGUAGAUCAAGAUUUGAAGGUAUAUGGGACGAAGAACUUGCGGAUUGUGGACGCAAGUAUCUUCCCGCUUAUCACGAAUGCGAACCCUAUUACAACGGUGUAUGCCGUGGCUGAACGGGCUGCCGAUAUCAUUCGCAGUAAGUGA